UUGGUGCUGUUUUCUCCGUGUCGCUGUUGCCAUCUUUCUGUUUCCAGCUGGACUCAGAGAGACACGAGAGUAGCAAACAUACAUCCACCAUGGAAAUCGACACACUUCUGGGAGCCUUUAGAGAUUUCGAGAAGAAAGGAGAAAAGGAAACAUGCCCAAUCUUGGAUCAGUUUCUGUCCCAUGUUGCAAGAACAGGAGAGACCAUGAUUCAGUGGUCACAGUUUAAAAGCUACUUCCUCUUCAAACUAGAGAAAGUGAUGGAUGAUUUUAUAGCUUCGUGUCCAGAGCAACGAGGACCUGCCAAUCCAAAUGUAGAGUACAUUCCCUUUGUAGAGAUGAAGCAGAGGAUUCUCAAAAUUGUCGAUGGAUACAACGGGAUUCCUUUCACUAUUCAGCGUCUUUGUGAGCUUCUUACUGAGCCAAAAAGAAACUACACAGGAACAGACAAGUUCCUCAGGGGCGUGGAGAAGAAUGUGAUGGUGGUCAGUUGUGUGUAUCCUACCUCAGAGAAAAAAGGGUCAGGUUGUGUGAGAAGAAUGAAUGGGGUCAUGUUUCCUGGCAACACUUCAGCUUUUCCUGAUAGAAAUGUGAAUGGUCCAGGAACACCCAGGCCACUGAACAGAACAAAACUCUCCCUGUCCUCCAGUGUAGCUACCAACGGCCUUCCUGACAGCACAGAAAACAAAGAACAAGCUUCCGAGUCAUCAGAGAGAACAGCCAAUGAGUCUUCGGAAUCAGAAGGUACACACAGUGGUCCGGCGAAGAGUAAACAUCGUGAAGAUGAGGAUGAGACUAACGCUGAGAUGCACGAAGCAAAGAGGCUGAAGUUUGAUGAAGAGGAGGAGGAAGAGGAUGAUGAUGAUGAUGAAGAAGAUGGAAUAGAGAAAGAGCAGGAGGGAAAGGAGUCGCCCUGCACGUCAGUCGCAGAGAGCUCAUCAGAUGUGCCGGAGUCCACAACGGACUACAGUGCAGAAGUGAAGGAUAGUAAGCCUGAUGAAUUCAGCACUGAAGACCAAGAACCCUCUAGCACACAAUCAGAGUCCCUUGAAAAUGGGGUUGACAAAUCUGGUUGUGAAGAUUCACUCAGCCCUUCCCACAGUCAAGGAAUUCCUUGUAGUGAAUUAGACCUACCAGAGGAGCAGCAGCCAGAGAGUGUUGAGAGCACAGAAGCUCAGAAAACAGAGGAGAGAUAUGACCCAGUGAGCAGUAGCAGCAAUAAUAGCAGUGACGAGGGAGUGUCCAGUGCGGACACUCCAUCUGCAAGUCCCAGCAGUUCCACAGAGCUGCCAGCUGAGGGCAGUAGCUCUGCAGACAUCAGUUCAGAUAUCUCUGAGACUGCGGAUGACAACAUGGAGCAAGACUGAAGUGCGGCCCCAUGUCCUUGAUUUUUACAGUUUACUGUACAAAUCCCCAAAUCACUGAUCCUGCAGCAUAAGCAGAUCCAGAACAGGAGGGCAGUCUAGUGGCAUACCUAAAGACCUCUUGUGACAGAUUUCCUUUUGAUGACCCUUCGUUAUAUAGGUUCUUCUCAGAAGAACCCCAUGAAAAAAACUGGAAGCUCACCUUUUCUGUGGUGUAGUGGAGCGGUUGCCAUUGAAUGACUCGAAAGCCUGCUGUCCAUGGCAGUUUUCUGUAAUCCUGUUCUAGUCAUGGGCAUUCAUUACCACAUCAACACCUUCUAAAGCUGUCUGAAAAAUACCUUUCACUUCACCAACAAUCUCUUUACCGCUCUUCUAAGCAUGAAAAUGUGAUAAAUGUGUCCUUUUAGUUGGUCCAGGUUCCUGUCAAUGAGAUCCCUGGUCCCAGGAUUCCCUUUUACUGGCAGAUCAGAGUCUAAACAUUCCAAAAGAACACCCUUUUUCUCACAAUGCCUUUUGCAUUCAUCAUCUUGCUUGUGGCACAAAGUGCUCAAAAGCACCAUUAUACAGAUUUCCUUUAUUUCUUUUCUCUUUGCAAAUAUUGUUCUAACAUUUAUUUUUAGAACCUUUGAUUUUAACUGCCUUUCCAGCAUUUCAUUGAAAAUUAUUUAAUCCACUGAUGCGGGUAAAUAGAUUCUAAAAUUGACUAAUGUCAUUUUCCAUGCAUUAGAUUCUUGAGUGCAGUUGGUUGCGAUGUAAUGCUAAUUUAAUGUUGUGAGCCUGUCUUUUCAAACAAGACAUAAUGUGCUUAACCAAUAUUGAGCCAUUCUUAUAUGUUAUAAGCUUUUCAUUUUCUUUUUCACCAAGAAAUGGCAAACAGUUUAUAAAGGUUAAAAUAAGCAACACUUUGUCAACAUCAACAUCUCUUACAACUGUAUGCUUCUUACAGACAUGUAUACAGGCUGUCCAACCCUUACCUAUUUCCACAGCUCCUUUUUGAUAUUUAGAAUUUUUAAAUGAAAGUAGAUUUUGUAGAUUGUAAUAAGUGUUCACUGCUUUUGUGAAAAGUGAAAUUGUAUGAUAUCCAUGUGAACUGAAUGCUUGGGCUUUGAACAGUAUUCCUAAAGAGCAAUAAAAGUUCACAUUAAAAGCAGUGAUAUGCUGAAUUUAUGACCACUGGAGACAUUUCUAACUUUCAUCUGAAUAAAACACUUUGGAAUCACAAUUCAGGUCAUCGAUGGUACAUCGAUGGUACAUCUUCAGAGCAAAGGUUUUGUAUAUAUUUAUUUUAAAAUCUGAACUAUUCAGGUAUUUUCAGUGGUACCGUGUUCGCCACCAUGUUUAAUAAGUGGGUGAUAUGCACGUAAUUGGCAGUUAUUACAAUUAAGAGCUAAUAAUUUACAAAAAAUAGGUCUGCAUUCGUUAUUAUACUACUGUCAAUUUCAAUAAAAGAUUUCAGUAGAAAAUUAUACAUUUUUGGUGCAGCCUCAAGUUCUGUGAAGUUUCUCCAAGAAGUAUUGAAAUAUGAAAUCAGAAAAUAAAAAAGUUACAGAUUUGCCUUUUCUUUUAAUUACUCAAGCAUAGGCAAGUUUCCACCUUCGGACCAAUAGCUUUCACUGCGGGAAAGUGCUGUUAUGUACCAAUCCAUGGUCGUUGGCACGGUUGCGGUGCAUUUUUUUUCCUCUGGUGCUGCAAAAUCAAAAUUUGAAUGGACUGAAUGGGGAUUUGACCAAUUUGAGUUGCCACUUCACUUCAGGCAUUCCUCCUGCACGGUUGGCUAAUCAUGCAGAGAAUUCCUGGCUGAGAACAGUUUGUAAUCGAAUGGUGAUCGAAAUCUGAACCACGCUCAAAUGGAAUUCCUAUUUGAACCGUUCGGCCCGAUGGUGGAAAACAUAUAUAUUUUUUUGUAUAUAUACCACAGUUGAAAAUGGCACAAUGCACUCCAAUUGUGGUGUCGCACAAAUCUCUGUAACCCGUCAUA